GCUGUUUUACUGUUGUUGCUUGUUUCUCUCUCUCCCCUUCCCCCACCCCCCCGGCUAUUUGCUUCCGUGAGCGUCUUCUUGUGAAGGAUUUUUUCCUUUUUUUUAAAUCCGCUUGCUGCUCUUUAUAGGAGUGGGUGUGGAGUUGCUCUCGGUUUAGCAUCUUAGGCACCGUUUUCUUCCAAUGCUUGGCGUGCCUAGAGUUACUGAGAUUUACAAGUAUAAAGUUACUGGUGGCGUAGUUGCCUUGUAAGCCAUGAACAAAAGGGCUCAAGCCUACGUGAAACGUCUUAUGAGGAAGGCAUAAAGUAAUCCUCUUACCGGUUGUUGAGUGUGUGAAUCGUUAUGGGUUUUGUUGUUUUUUUCCCCCCCUCCCCCCUCCUCUAAGACUGUUGAAGUUCAAGAAGCAAACGGCGGUGUUCCCGAGGUAACUCGCCUUUGGGCAUAGAGACCAUCAGUCACGGGCCAAAAUGUCAGCUGCAGAAGCAGACACGAAAACAGCUAUAUCAAGACUCCCAAGGUGACAUGGUGACCUGAAGAUUUAUACGGCUUUGCAGUUCUGUGCAAAACCAGUGGUUUCUGUUUCAGUUCAUGUGAAUGGACUUUCUACCUAUAUACUGAUAAGUGCAGAGCCAUCUUGUGUGACAGCUAGAGGCAGAAACUGAAACAAUUCCGUGUGUCAAGAGGUAACCAGAGACAACGUGAAGCCUACAACAAGACUGAAAGUACUCAGUGAUUCUGUGAAAUAAACGUGCAGAUCCUGAAGAAGAUGAGACUUCUUUUAUUUCUAAUAAUUUGCCAACGUGCCAUAAAGAAUAUCAGUAGUCACAGUGCUUCAAAUCCCAAUGUCAUUUUACUAAUGGCUGAUGAUCUUGGUAUUGGAGACCUGGGAUGUUACGGGAACAGAACCUUACGAACCCCUAAUAUUGACAGACUAGCUAAGGAAGGUGUGACACUUACUCAGCAUAUAGCAGCAUCUCCACUGUGUACUCCAAGCAGGGCAGCUUUCCUGACAGGACGAUAUCCUAUCAGAUCAGGAAUGGCUGCCUUCUCGAGAGUUGGUGUCUUCUUAUUUUCUGCCUCUUCUGGAGGGCUUCCUUCUGAAGAAAUAACUUUUUCCAAACUCCUGAGGCAGAGAGGUUAUUCAACAGCUCUAAUAGGAAAGUGGCAUCUUGGGAUGAGCUGUGAAAGCAGUAAUGACUUCUGUCACCACCCCCUCAGUCAUGGAUUUGAUUACUUCUACGGACUUACCGUGACCAAUCUUAGAGACUGCAAAGCUGGGCAAGGCAGCGUAUUUUUGAAAGGAACUGAAAAAUCCAUUGUUGCCUCCAUCCAAAUCAUUGGAGUCACUCUAGUCUCUUUGGCAACAGUGCAUUUUAUUGGUAUCCUCAAAGUACCUUUCCAAGCAUUGGGCUAUUGCUUUUUAAUAAUUGCUAUUUCACUUGUGAUUUUGCUUUUUUUCUUUCAUAAUUUUCGAUACCUGAACUGCUUCUUAAUGAGGAACCAUCAAAUUAUCCAGCAGCCACUAUCCUAUGAGAACCUUACUCAGAGACUGACAAAAGAAGCUGUACAGUUUAUAGGAAGGAACACUGAUGCACCAUUUCUUCUUGUCCUGUCUUAUCUUCAUGUCCAUACUGCUCUAUAUGCAUCAAAAAAUUUCACAGGAAAAAGCAAGCAUGGCUUAUAUGGGGAUGCAGUGGAGGAAAUGGACUGGAGUGUAGGACAGAUUCUGGAUGUUUUGGAGAAAAGUAAACUGAGCAAUAAAACUCUUGUAUACUUUACGUCUGACCAAGGGGCUCACAUUGAAGAAAUCUCUAGUUCUGGAGAAGUCCAUGGAGGGUAUAACGGCAUUUAUAAAGGCGGAAAAUCAAUGAACUGGGAAGGAGGUAUUCGUGUGCCUGGGCUUCUCCUUUGGCCUGGAGUGAUACAGGCUGGUGCCUAUAUUGACGAGCCAACAAGUAACAUGGAUGUAUUUCCUACUGUCAUCAAACUUGCAGGAGCGCAGUUGCCCUACGACAGAAUUAUUGAUGGACAUGAUCUGAUGCCCUUGCUUCAAGGAAAAAUUAUCCAAUCCAAGCAUGAAUUUCUCUUCCAUUACUGUAAUGCAUAUUUAAAUGCAGUGCGCUGGCAUCCAAGAAAUAGUGAAUCUAUUUGGAAAGUCUUCUUCUUCACUCCCAACUUUAAUCCUGAAGACUCCAAUGGUUGCUAUGAUUCUCAUGUUUGCUUUUGCUAUGGAGGUUUUGUCACGCGCCAUGAUCCCCCACUACUCUUUGAUCUCUCCCGAGACCCUGAAGAAAAAGUCCCACUGACUCCAGAAACGGAGAGUCGUUUUUAUGAAAUCCUCCAUGUCAUACUGCAAGCAGUAGAUAACCAUACCAAAUCACUGCAUGCUGUCCCUGACCAGUUAUCAUGGGACAACCUUCUGUGGAAGCCAUGGCUCCAGCCGUGUUGCUCAUCUCUCUUUCAGUCUUGUUAUUGUGACUAUGAGUCAGAAGAUAACCUGCUGGAGGUGCAUUCUGGAUAAAGGAGCUGCAAUUCUGUUUACAGAAAUUGGAACAAGAAGAGUAUCUAGGUGUCUGUACUAACUUUUGUAACUAAAUUUCAAGGUUUUAUUAUGUAUAACUCAUCUUUAAAUACAUUAUUGUGACAGAAGAAAAUUUCAGUCAAGAGCCCCUGUGCCAAGAGGAGGUCAAGAUACAUCUUUUCUGUCUUUGCAAAAUAAGAAAAGUGUGAAACAUAAGUUGUCCUCCAUAUCUACAAAUGGGUAAGCUGCAGGCAUUUUCCAGAGGAGAUUAUUUUCUAGAUCCUCAGCUCCAGCUUUGUUCACACCCAGCAAAGAAUUUUCCUUUGCUUAAGUUGACUGUGACCAUUAUACACACACACUCUCCUAUCCUUUUUGGUAAGUAUUAUCCACCAUUAGUAGGGCAUUGCACUAAGAAAUUAAAAACAGAUAUAGCAGUGGAAGUGUCCAUCUGUGACUAUAGUUUGAUAAGUGAUAGGCAGAUAAAGAGUAGCUUUGUAGCAAUAUCUCUAUCAACAAGCAGCACUGAUCUAAAACAAUAAAUAGAUUGCCAAAAAUCUAACAUUGCAUAUACCAUGCAAACCUAGAGAGUUACACAGUGGGGGACCUUGUAUGCACACUGAAAAUGGUACUCCCUUGCUAACGCCCUGUUGUAUGACAUCAGUCUUUGUUUCAGAAAGAGAGAAACCACUGCAAGUGUAUCAAUGGCAUGCUUCAGUGUGCAUCAGAAGUCUCCAGGUAUAGAUGCAAGCCAAAUUUGUGCAACCCUUGCACGCAGUCACCAACAUAGACGCACUCUUAGGCUCUUAACCUAGUUGCCAAAUGAAAGAUUUGGUCCGUGCUUGAAAUCUGAAUUCCAAAUUGACACUAUUCUAUAAUAGUAUCUUUCAGCAUCUAUAUACCAUACAUAUUCUUCCACUGAUGAGUGCAAGUUGCACUCCAAAUAAAUAAAAUUGAGAGGCUUACUUUAAACGUUUUUGCCAUCUUUUAAGCUGUUCGAAUAGGACCUACUAUUUUCUGAGAGUAAACUUGGUCUUGAGCGCUUAAGUUUUCCUAAAGCCAAAUAUAACUGUCUCUGACUUCUUAGCAAGGCCUUGGAAAAUCUACAGUACUUCAGGGCUAAUUUCUAUAUCCGUUUUUAUCUGCGUCUUAUUCAGUCACAUUUUCUUUCCACUCUGCAGCUAGGCUAACUGUUUUAUUUGGCAGAUUGUACAAGAAGGAGAACGUAUCAGCCAAAUAUUAAAAUGAUUUGAUGCCUGAUAAUAGAAGGUGACUUGUUCCUUGUCAGAAAAAAAAAUGGUUAAUUCCAGCAUUAUGAUGUAUUAAAAUCUAUUUGGUGGUAUUAACACAUCCCUAAUGUAAAAAUGAUCUUGGUUGAUAGUAAUGCAAUAGCUUCAGUCAGACAGCAUUAAGGUUGUGAUCCAGUUCUUGGGAACUGUUGAAGCCUGUCCUGUAAAAAUAUAUUGUGAGAUAUGGUAUAUUCCUCUCUCUGUAAAACCUGUGCUUUAUUUGAUUUUUGUGCUGCAGUUUCAUUCAAAAUUUCAUUCUUGAAAGUAUCCAAAUGCCUGUCCUGGGAAAUGAUGCACUUUCCUUGAAGUCCUAUUUUUGAUGUUCUACCUUGUGUUUAUGAUUGUGUAUCUUUACUUAUGUAUGUGCUCUGCAAGCUGUCUGAAGGUAGCAAAAGCAUGUGUAUGCUGAAAAGUUAUACGAUUUGGAUGAUAUUUCCCUGAUAACCAGUCAAGGCUAUAUAUAUUGUAUCUGGAAAGCUGUCAGAUGGCCAUUCAUUUAGCAUAAUUCCCCCUUUGCUUGAUUUAAUUACUGAAUAUAAAACAUAAAUUUAGAAAGAGAGAUCCCUGCAGCAUCACGGCAAGUACUCUUCUACAGAGUCUUCUAAGAAGACUUUCUGUGGCUGUCUCUCUCUUUCAAAGUAGAAUCCAUACCUCACAAAUUUCUGGUCCCCACCGUUCAGACCAAGCAGCUACUGCAGCAUAGUGCUGGUCCCUCCAUGACUACAGCCCUCCUGCCCACGGCACCAGGAGACUGACGUGUGCUGCACCCUGGGGGCAGCCUGUGGUCAAGGUGCAGGUUGCCUGAACACUGAGCCCGGGAGCAGGGGGGCUUUCUCCAGGUCUCACAGUUCAAGUGCAGCUUGCAUAAACUUUUCAGGCAAAC